UCAUUAUUAUAAUGACAUCAAUCUCGUAAACCGCUAUACAAUGAUACAUGUCCUCUAAUAUUUUUAUUGGUCUGCCCUGGUAUUAUUAACGCUAAUUGACAACAUACCAGAGUGACGGUUGAGAACUGACCACUUUGCCCUACAUAUUCAAUUAACCUAUCGUUUUUCGCUGGAUAUGUGAAUCAAUAUAGCUAUUAUUACAUUGUGAUGGCGUCGGCAUUUAAAUAUACACACGCUGUGGUUUCCAGAAUACCAAAUUCACUUGCAACAGCGACAAAUAAUAUUGAUUUACUUGAAGCUAAAAAGCAACAUGAAACUUAUGUCAGAGUUCUCAGGGAGCUGGGGUUAGAUGUGAUAGAGUUGCCACCUGAUGAACAAUUACCUAUGUGUGUCUUUGUAGAAGACACUGCUAUAGUUUGUAAUGGAACUGCACUGAUAUCUCGACCUGGAGACCCAGAAAGGGUAAAAGAAAUUGAGACAAUAAGAGUGGUACUCAAAAAAGAACUAGAUCUGCCAAUAAUAGAAAUAUCCGAUAGUGCAGCAAGAUUAGAUGGGGGUGAUGUUUUGUUUACAGGUAAAGAAUUUUUUGUGGGAAUAUCACAAUGGACUAAUGAAGCAGGAGCUAGAGCAGUCGCUGCUGCAUUUCCUGAAUACCCAUGUACGCCCAUUAAAGUACCCAGUUCCAAACACCUAAAAGCUUUCAUAUCUAUGGCAGGACCAGAUCUUUUGUGUGUAGGUAGUGGUAAAGAAAGUCAAGAGGUCCUUAAGAGGAUGGAAAGGGAAGCUACAUUCUCUUAUCAAACACUUACUCUGCCCGAGGAUGAAGCAGCUAAUGUUUUGUUUUUAAAUGGAACCUUGGUUCAUCGCAGUAUAGAUGAAAUACCCUCCUCAUUUAAGGUAAUGGGUAAUAAAGUAGAUUUUCCUCGAAGAUCUAUAAAUAUAUCUGAAUUAGCGAAGGCUUCCUGUGGGUUAUCAUCUAGUUGCAUCUUAAUCAAAAGGAUGCGACACAUAAAAAGCCUUUAAUUGGCAUGAUGAAAAAUAUGUGUUGAAUGCUUUUGCAGACUUGCAUUUUUAAUUACUGACCAAAUAGUAUUUACUCAUUGACUACAUUUAAGAUUUUGUAAGAAAGUUAUAUGCAGAAACUAAAGUAUUAUAGCCCAAUUAGAUUGAGAACAUAUUGUUCUGACAUCUUUUCAAACCACGAGCUAUAUUUGAAGAAAAAACUUUAAACUUGAAGAAAUAAUAAAACUUUCUUCGCUAUUUAUUUUUCGUUACUGUUAUAGGGAUAUAACUCAGAAUAAGUGAGUGACGAAUCUCAUUGAUAAUUUGCGAGGAAAACAUGCAAAUAUCACAGAAGAAUCUCAUUCUUAUUCAAUAAGUUUAUACAGGAUCUUAAUAAAUUAUUGUAACACCGCAGUGGGCUUCAACAUGGAGGUAAAUCUUACCUCCAUGGGCUUCAAUUUUGAAAUUCUGUGACAUUUAAGGUCCUUUCUAGUCUGCCCUCAUUCUAAUUUCGACCGUGCCAGGAAACAGUAUCAAUAACAGGUUUUACU